AUGGCAGCCUUCCACCUGCCGUACACCCUCACCUGGGUGCUAGCCCUCAUCUCUCUCAUGGUGUCCCUCGUAACCGCCGGUCCUUGCGUCGAGAUCGAUAUCAGAACUGACGUUGGACUCGCCGAGCACCAUGACGGUAGAAUGUGGUACAAUCAUAAAAGGGUAUGUGAUGAAAGCAAGAACGACAACAACGGCGACACCUCCUUCAAGUGCGACGACGGAUACAGCCUCAAAUACAAAACAAACAACAACCCAGAGUCGGGGGCAACAGCCUGGCUCACAUACCCGGGGCAAGACGAAGUUGAGGUCGAGAUGGAGAAGUACGAUCAACAAAACCAGCCAGGUAACAUCGCAGGUCCGAUCCCAAUUACCUGCCAUACGUACUUUUAUUCGUUCAAGGGGAAGUAUUGCUGA